AUGAAACUAACAACGCUUCCCGAAGUACUGAACUUCUACAGUUUGAAGAAACAGUAUGAGAAUGUGUGUUUUGAAAAUCCGUUCGGUACAGAAAUAGGUAAAGGAUGCUCACACUUUGUUCUUUCGCAUUCUGCAUUCAAGAAAGAAUGCGAUUUAACUGUUGAUAGUUUCUCGCCAUGGACUGGGAAAGGGUAUAAUACAAAAAGAGUGACUACAAAAUCCAUUUUUGUUAACCUCAACUACGAAAACGGUGUUUACUCUAAAACUUCUCAGCAAACCAAGUAUAAACUAAAAAUUAUAAAAAACAAUCAUGUGAGUUUAGAAGGUCUGAAACGUUCGAUUUACUGCUUCUAUCGUGAAGAUGUUAUUGUUGAACCGAUUUUGUACGUUUAUGAAUCACUGGCUCUCCAAUAUUCUGAUAGGACUAUUGAAGAACUGCCCUCUGAUCGUGUACUGUUCAAAAAAGCUCUUGAACAUAGAACCACCACUGCGGCGAGAACUUAUUUGAAGGAGCUUGGUUAUAAAACUACUAAUCGGCAGUUGACAAGUUUGAGCCGAAGUGUACCGACCCAUAUAAAAACAAAGAAGGGUUUCCAAACUCCUUUGGAUAUUCAAAAGAUUCUUGAUCGCUAUGUUGCAAAAGCUGAUUCGCAAGAGAUUUUGGCUCGUCCUGUUAUUGAGAGAGAUGGUGAUUGUUUGAAAGUUAGAAUCAUGGUUUGUUAUCCUAUUGCAAUUAAAUGUUUCGGUGCUGGCCUUCCUAUGAGGCUUGAAUUACAUGAACACGCUCAAGAUCUCCGAAAUGUUAUGAAAGGAUCUGACGCAGAGAUAAUGGAUUUCUUCCAGAAAAUCCUUUCCACAACCACUCCAAGUGGUAACAUACCAUGUAUCGGUAGUUCGAUUAUGGUUGAUACAACCUUUUCAUUGAGCAGUUCCGAAUAUGUUACUAUCAUGCUGGGGGUCAAUGAUAUUUUUAGGUCUAAACUUAGCAAAAAGAAUCAAUCUGUUAUUUUGGGGAUCAUGAUUCAUACACGAAAAGGGUAUGAAGAUCAUGAAGAUUUUGCAAACUUCAUGAACAACAAUUUAACGAAAUUUGCUAGUACGAAAUCAGUGGGGUUACUAAUUCAUGAUGGGGAAAUGAGCUUCAAGGCAUAUAAUACGGGCACAUUUUUAAAAGAUGCUGUACUUUUGCGUUGUGACGCACAUCGACUGGAAAACAUAAGGGAAGCUUUGCGGAAAGAUCCUCAGUUAGAUUUUGAAGAGCUUAAGUACAAGUUGUACGGAAAAAAGCAGCAGUUUCAAGGGUUGAGUGUUUUGCGAAAAGGCAUACUCCAAAAUUUGAGAAAAGAUGUUUUUGAUACUGAGUUCGACGAUUUGAUGGACGAUCUCGAAGAUGGUUACUUCAAAAAAUGGAUGAAAUCAAACAAAGAAAGCUUCUUUAGUCAUAAUUCCAUGUACUUCAAACUGCUAGGUGGAUGGCCGCAACAGUUUUUAACAACGAAUAUCAUAGAGUCAAGGAAUUGUUCGAUUAAAGGCAUUGUCUCACACAGAAAACCAGCGGAAAAACUUUUAGAAGAUUUUUUGAACUUACACAAGGAUGAGAUGAACGAAAGGCUGCUAUGCGUUAGUGGCAAAAUUUCCAAGUUAGAAUCCGAUGCAUCAUUCACAUUUAUGGAGUGGACAGGUUUAACAAUAGCUCAGCGUCGAAACCUAUUACACAGUUUUGGGUUGGAUGACUUACUUCCUCCUAACAUACUCGAAAACAUUCCUUUGUUCCUUUUACCAAGCAAAAAAAUUGAUCAAGAACAGUAUUGUAAAACUGGAGAGAAGCUCGCCGUGUUUAAUUUAGACGAGAAUUUUUUCGUUUUGAAUGUCGAAGACAAAUCUGAGUAA